AGAAAAGCAGAAAAAAAAACUUUAAAAAUAAAAACCUAUUAAUUAAAAAUGUAUAAAUUAAAAUAAGUUUUAAUUAAUUUUAUUAUAGGCAUCAUCAAAUUAUUUAAAAAAAUAAAAAUUAUCAUGCAAAUCUUAACUAUCAAGAAAAAUUUUAGUUAAUAGGACUUAAUAUUAAUUAGUUAAAAAAAUGAUAAAUCUUAGAGUAGAAAUAAAGAAGCAGUCUUUAACUCUUUUAAAGAAAUAAUUUCAACUGCAGAAACCUUAGACUUUUCUUCUUAAACCUUAUUUUUUGUCUUAAAGAUAAAAAAGUUUUAAAUUGCAGAUGCUAUCGAUUUGGCAACUCUCAUUUAAUAAUAUAAAAAUUUGCAUACAUUGGCUUUAGACUUUAGAAAUACAACUUGCCUUUUAGAAAGCAUACUCGUCAUAGGAGAAUAAUUAAAAUAUUCAUGUGUUAACACAAUCAUUUUAGACAUAAGAUAAUUAGAUAUUAUGAAUGAAAAGACAUACAAAUAAGAUGUAAAUUAAACUAAUAAGCCUACAAAUAUUGUUAAUAUGAAACUAAAUAUUAGAAAAGAUAAUCAAUAAGUAGGAAUUAAAGAGCUUUAAAAAUGCUUCACUUUUAUGAAUAGAUAAAAUAAAGUAUAAAAUAAAUAAUUAUUUGAAGUUAUAGCAGAAACUUUAUCAAAGUUAUAAAGCUUGAAAUAAAUAGGACUAUAUUUUAAUUAAUCUUAGGUCUCUGAAGACAAUUCUUCAUUUGUGUGUGAACAUUUACUAAAAUGCAAAAAUCUUUCAACACUUACAAUGAAUAUUUACAAUCCUUUCAUGUUUAAUGAAGACUUCGUGAGGCUAGGAGAUAUUUUAUCUUCAACAAAUAUUAUUACUUAACUAAGCCUAUUUCUAUACAUAAUAAAUAUUGAUCAAUAAUCUGCUAAUCACCUUGGAAACAGUUUUUAGAAUUGCAAAACUCUUGAGUCUUUAUAAGUCAUAGUCAUGGCUAACUAAAUAACUUAAAAUUAAGCAUUUUAUUUAGCUAAAAAUCUUCAAAGUUGUGAAAAAUUGAGUUCAUUGCAUUUAAGUUUUUAAUUUUUAAACUUAAAUUGUUAAGAAUCAAAAAGAAUAGCAAAACUCUUAGCAUUUUGCAAAAAAUUAACAAGUCUUAAUUUAGAUCUUAGGGGAAAUAACAUAGAAUAAAAGGGAUGCUUAAAAAUUGGCAAAUACUUGAGCCUAUUUCCGACAUUGAAAAUUUUGCAACUAAAUAUUUCUCUAAACAGAAUUUAAAACUAAGAUAUUUUGCUUAUGGUGAAAAACCUUAGUAAAAGUUAAACUCUAACUUAUAUCGUUAUUGUUACACAAGAUGAAGAAUAUUAAGAAAACCACAAUUUUAGAAGAAAAGUUUUAUCUUAAUUAUUUAAAACUAAAAGACUUGUUGCUUUUUAUAUAUGAAAAUUGAUUUUGAUAUUAAACAUCAAU